ACUUUUAGCCUUGCGGGCAAUUCUCUAAGGCAUCCAAUGUGACCUUGAACUUUGUCAAAACAAGCUUUGAGCAAUUGUCCAAGUACAUCAAGAGGGAGAUCCCUAUCCAUCAAUACACCAUCGCCAUGUAUUACAUUUGCCUCAACAAAGCACGCAAUGAAUGCAAACCACGGGUGUCCCCGGUUGAGCCCUCGCCUGGCGCGAUUUCUAGGUACGCGGGGCAGCAAAAGUGCCCAACCUUUUGAGCAGCAGCAUGCUAAACAUUGCGAAUCAUCAUUCACUUUCUCGUUUCUGUUACUCGAGUUAUGGAGCAGACUGCGGUCGAGAAGAGGCUUCAAUCAUUACUAGAUCAUCGGCAGUCGCAAUCUCUUCUACGCAGAUUAACCGUCGCGCCUCCAGGGGCUCCAGACUUUUCAUCCAACGAUUUCCUCUCAUUAUCAACAAACAAAUCGCUACAUACGGCCUUCUUCAACGAGCUCUCAAAGUCACAAGGAGACUUUAGACUUGGUAGUGGAGGCUCGAGAUUGCUGGAUGGUAACUCGAGCUUGGCCCAGGAUCUGGAGCGUGACGUUGCCCUUUUCCACAAUGCACCCGCAGGGCUUCUUUUCAAUUCCGGUUUCGACGCGAAUUCUGGAUUCUUUGCAUGCGUGCCACGGUGUGGAGACUACGUCGUUUAUGAUUCGUAUAUCCAUGCUUCAGUCCAUGACGGCAUGAGACUGUCAAGAGCAUCUUCAUGUUUACCUUUCAAGCACAACUCGGUAACAGAUCUAAGGGCUCUUCUAGAGAGGUCAAUCAAAACCGAUAGGCUACUUGAGCAAGGCUCCCGAGAUGUCUUUCUAGCUGUUGAAGCCAUCUAUAGCAUGGAUGGUGAUUUAACACCGCUCCAAGAGAUCAUCGACCUUGUGGACCAGCUCUUCCCGUUCAAAAAUUGCCACAUCAUCAUUGACGAAGCACAUUCAACAGGCGUCCUAGGGCCUUUAGGGAAGGGCUUGGUCUGUCAGCUUGGUCUCGAAGAUCGCAUGUUUGCACGAUUGCAUACCUUUGGGAAGGCCAUGGCCUCUGCAGGUGCCAUGAUCUUAUGCUCGCAAACUGUUAGACAGUAUUUGAUUAACUACGCUCGUCCCUUGAUAUACACGACAUCAAUGUCAUAUCCAUCUCUAAUAAGUAUCAAAGUCUCUUACGAUUUCCUAGGUAGUGGAAAAGUCGAAGCACUGCGCCGCCACCUUCAAGCCCUUCAAACCAGAUUCUACAGGCUCCUCCAACAACUCGUGACCAAACACCCUUUACAAGGUACCGGUAUCCUCCCUCUAACCAUCCCAGCAUCCUGUCCAAGGUCCCCAAUCUUCUCAAUCCUCACCUCAGAACCCCGCAACUUGGCCGCGCACUGCCAGAAAUCGGGCUUCGUCGUCAGACCGGUCGUGCCACCCACAGUCCCAACUGGCACCGAGCGUAUCAGAGUGUGUCUGCACGCAGGCAACACAUAUGCGCAGAUCGAUGCCCUUGCUGCUGCCAUCGAACUGUGGACUGUAAAGGAGAUGCAGCGAAGGAAGGGGCUCUCCACGUGUACAUAUGCAGAUAGAGCGCGGCUUUGAUAUAGGUCUUGUAUAAUGGUUGCUAUCUUGUACUCUGCGUCGAGCUCGCCAUAGUGGAUAUACGCCAUACAGAACCACUGGUUCUAUGUAUGGGGUGACGGGGAGGAAGGAAGGAAGGAAGGAAGGCAAGAAAUUAGUAAGCACUGUCCAAAGUCUACCAUAAUAGUAUGACCUGUGACUACUCUACCGCAUAUAGUCAAUGUUCUCUUGAAGGAGACUUAUCAACAAAGCGCGCUGCUGGAUAGAUAGUGAGUGCAGUAAGAAAAUAAAAAGCCCCAGAGAUGUCAUACUAUAAGGUUAUAUCUGUCUGUCUGUCUGUCUGUCUGUCUGUCUGUCUGUCUGUCUGUCUGUCUGUCUGUCUGUCUGUCUGUCUGUCUGUCUGUCUGUCUGUCUGUCU